GUGGUGCCCCGAGAGUCUGAUGAUGAUGAGCCUGAGGAACCUGGAGCAGCAGCUGAGCCAAAGAGAAAGGCCAGAACAAGAGUCAACCUGAAUGAGAUUUGGCGCAUGUAUAGUUCCAGUGUGGAGAUCAAUGGCAUCACCUUGUCCAUGCUGCUCAGGACCAAAGAGAAUGAUGAGGAGUCAGGAUACCGCUUGCGCCAAGCCAUCUCACACCAAGUCAAGCUGAUUAGUCGCUCAGAGCUUUCAUUGGGCAGCUUUAUUGAAAGUGAUGAGCAACAGGCAUUGGGACUUCGGCCUUUGACUCCAGAUGUCAAUCGAGUUGUGUCAGGUGUGUGGGUUCACUAUGUCCCAAAGGAUUCCGAGGAUUUCAAUGAGGCCAAGAAAUGCAAUUUGCUUCAGCUUGCGGAGCUUCCAGUCCUGGUUGUGGGUCAGGACCAGGGCCCUGUUGGGAUGGGCAUGUCUGCCUACCUUCAAAAUGUUGGAGCUUGCAUGAUGCAUUUCUACUGGGAUCCCUAUCACCGGUUGAAUCGGGACAUGAAGAGUGGCCUUGAGCACUGCCCUCGUCCAGAGAAGAACAUGCUCCAGCAGGGUCGACUGUGCAGUUCGUACCUCUGGACUCUGAACUACAAGCCCUUCACGAAAGGCGGGUUUCACAGUGAGAAGCAGUCACUUCUGAACAUGUUCCUGGAGUCACAUGAUCAGGAGUCAGAUGUGUUUCUCGAAUACUGUGACCUGCUGGCCCUGGACUUUGGCUUUGGUGCAGCUUCAACUUCAGAAGACAGACAGCGGCUCUUUGACAGUUUGGCCAGCAACUUGCAGUCCUUCCGCCUGAAGAAGAGCGCAGUGAAAUCUGGCCG